AUGGAUGAGAUGACGGCAGCAGAUGCAACACCACCGCCGCCGGCGCCGCCGUUGCCGAACCUCGUAACAUCCUUAGAGCAAGCGACGCUGUUGGCAAAGCAGCUCCCUUCCACGUCCGACCCAGGUCAACUACAACAUAUCUACUCAGCCCUCCACCUCGCCCAACACCAUCUCUCUUCCUUCCUCCUUUCCCACUCCCGACUGCCCCUGUCGCCACCGCAGGCGGAGGAGAACUCCGUCUCCUCCGCCACGGGAGCUGGUGAAGACAACGGGAGCGAGCCGAUGCAGGUUGGGGAGGAGGAAGGCAAUUCCAUGCCUGCUGCAAUCGACAAGGUGGAGGAGAGGUUGAGAGAGUGUUUCAUCAAGAACAAGAGGCCUAAGCGGCCGCUCUCACCAUCUGCCGCGGCCAUGGCGGAGGAGCGGAGGUUGGGCGAGGAUGGGUAUGCUGCCGGAAGAAUCAAGGGUUAUGACCCUCUAGGGACCCGAUUGAGAGCUUUGGACCUCAUCGAUCAGUUCCACGCCUGA